AUGAAAGCUCCUCAAGGUCCCUCGUGCAUUACUUAACCUGAGUAAACCUCGACUCUUACUGCUAACAUUUAAACUUUAUUUUUACUUGGGAAGUUUUAUUCUGAGUCAUUUCUAAUUGUAUUUGAAGCUACAGAGAAUCUUGAUUUCUAAAAGCACUAACACACAUUUACUUAGAGUUCAUUGAAAAGUCUGAAUGAAUAAACGCUACCUACCUAAUGCGAUAGCUACCAAAAUAUUGGAAUUAUAAAUUACAAUUAACUUCAAAAUCAAAUUUACACAAUAGGAUAUCCUUAAAGAGAGUUUAUAUUUGAUUAAUUCACAUACUCAGUAGCCUGUAAAGAAGCGCUCUAAUUUUAAUAUACAGCUUCUCUAACUGAUCUAAACCCACUACCAAGUUAUGUAUAAUUCUAAACAUUAGCUGCAGGAGGUGGAAAAUUUCUUGUCUAAUCAACAGACCCGAAUACUGUAGGGACAUAUAGAAUAAAAUUGACUGGGAAUUUAAAUAAUUUGUAUCAAAACAGUUACGAAUUCGAUUUAAUAUUUUCAAACCCCAUAGAACUAAAUAUACCACCUUAUUUUGAAUCUGAUCUAAGUAAAACACUAAUAAUUGAAGCGGGUUCAUAACUUCACUAUGAUUUACCCACAAUUAAGGAUAAAAAUAUUGAGGACUAUGUCAUCUUAAGCUUAAGAUUAUAGUUGAAAGAUGAAACACCUAGGUUCCUUUAAUAUAGCAAGAAAAGAUUAACUUUGAGACCAGAAUUUUUAGAUAUAGGGGAACAUAAAAUUAUUCUUGUGCUUUAGGAUGAUAAUAUUCUCGGUUCUCUUAAAUCUGAAUAUCUAAUGACAUUAAAAGUAAAGCGAACUUAAGAAUAUAGGAAAAAUCCAAUAGACGGUGAAAAGUAAAAUGAGGAUACUGAACAUCAACAAAAUAAUAAUUAUAAUGGAUUUUAUAAUUUGACAGAAAAUUUGGUAAAAGUUAACUCAAACAACAGAGAACCCACAUUGACUAUAGAUGUAGGAGGUGACCUUGACUUAAAAGGGAUUAAUUCCACAAAUAUCGAAAAAUAUCUAGAAAUUAAAGAGAGAGAUGAAACUACGAGAAAUCUAAAGUCUUGGAAUUUUAUUGAACUGAAGAAUGGUACUAUAAAGAUUUUACUUGAUUACUAUGAUGAUAGCAAAGUCUCUAUUUUCUAGGACCCUGAUUUUUUGGAGGUGAAAUUUAAAGUUAGUAAAAAUUUAUCAUUCUCAAAGUCUGUAUAAUUGCAAGUCUUAGAUUAAGAUGAUGAUGGAUUAGCAUAGAUAAAUAAAGUAGUCUCAUUAAUGAUUACAAGCUUACUUUACAGUGGAAUUGCCUCUAGUAUUUUAUUUGGCUAUGAAAGUUCUAAUUUUAUUUACUUGAUUGGCUCUGAAUUCGUUUUGAUAUUUCUCUACAUUUUGCUUUUAUUCCUAUAUCUUGUGGUUCAUUAAACUAAAACUAAAUUCGGAAUUAAGAUCAGUGAUUACUUGAAAUCUAUUUUAUUUUUCAAUGUUUUCACAAGAUAUUUCAUAGAAUGCUGUCUUGAGGCAGGAUUCUCCAUAAUAUUAAAUAAGAUCUAUUUCGACAAUCAAUAAUAACGAUUGAUCUUUAUCUUAACUGUUUUCAUGCUUGAAAACUAUUUGGCCGCUUAAAUCUAAAUCUUUAUGAUAAUUAAUCUAAUUUACUUAAUUUACUUAAUAAGCACUAAGCCCAUCAUAGGGACCUUAGAUGUUGAAGUAUUCAAUGAGAUCACUACUUUAAUACUCAAUUAUCUAAUGCUAAUUUAUUCUGACUUCAUUCAAGAUAGUAAUACGAAACAUCAAUUCAGCUACGUAUUUAUUGGAAUUUUCUUGGCAAACAUACUCAUAAACAUUAUUAUCAUAAUUUUCGAAAUCUUUUAAUAAUUAAGAAUUAGGCUUUGCUAUAAAAGAAAAAGACUAGCCAUUUCAAUAAAUAUUAAUAACUUCAAUACAAAUGAUCCACUUAACUAGGAUUAGAUAACGAUUGGAAACAUAAUAGCUUCAACGAAAAAAAGAUAAAUAGAUUUGACUAUAAUUAACGAGGAGAAUGAACAUUACUAGGUAACUGUGGAAGAUCUAGAAAAAGCUGAAGUAGAUAUUAGCUUUUCAAAUUCAAAUUAAAACUAAAACAUUAGUAAAAAAGAAGCUCAACAUAUCGAUGAAUAGUAAUUCAAGUAAAGAGUUCAACCAAGAGGACAUAGAAGGUCAAUGAAUGAUUUAUUUGAAUACGGCAAAGAUGGUUAAAUUCAACAGAAUAUCAUCUAAAGCAGCAGACUUUUGCUAGGUUAUAGGAAUGAGGCGUUGUCUUCUUUAGAUAAUUAUACUAGACCUGUUUUUAGCUAGCUUCACUACCAUUAAGAAUAAAAUAAUAAUUUCUCAUAAUCUCACUAAUACUAGCCAAACUUGGCUAAUGAUCUCUAUAGAGCCAAAAACAUGAACAAUUAUUUUGAGGAUACCUAAUCUUAAUAAGACAACAAUUUCUUAUCAAUUAAUCCAUCCUAAAUUAAUGAUUAGAAGCCAAAAUAUCAUCAUCGAUAUAAUAGCAGUAUGGAAAUUAGAGGAUAGGAUAGCCAUAACAUAUCUGUUUAUUCUGAUGCAUAAGAUUCUGCUAGGGGAUUAAUUCAAAAUAACCAUUAAAAAAAUUCAUCUAGCAGUACUCUCUAUUAUAAAUGA